AGGUCGUCCAGGAUAUCAACUCGGACUCGCGCAGCGAGUAGAAUCUUUGACCAGCUGGAAGCCGAGCGCUGGACGAGCAUAGGCACCCGAGGACUCGGUCAUUGCUCUGGGAUGAUCAGCCGCACUGUGGCGCUCGAAAUCCGGAUCCGAGUCGUGCGUGCUCAGGCUCGACCUCAGGCUCGUCCCAGUCCCAGUCCGAGUCCCACCUGGAGCGCGGAUGCUCGUCAAUCAAUCACGAAUAUACCUGCUCCCCAUCGCUCGCCUCCGUCGCUCGGACCCUGUUCUGAGAAAAAGGGAUGCGGGAAUGGACCUCCAAUCCGAGCUCGGGCUCGAAUUCGGCUCUCCAACAACAACAACGUACGUGAUACGUAUGAACUGUUGCUGUGGCUCGGGCGUACACGUGAACGCAAGGGAUCCAGGGUCCCAUCCAGCUGCCGACUCACCAUCGCCCUCCUCCUCCACUCGGGGAUAGCAACAGUUGUGGACUCGUGGGUAUUCGCGGAGUGCCCCCUUUCCUUGCGAAGCGAAUUCGGUUGCAGGAAUCAAAGAGGAUUCCUGUUCACGAGGACAAGGACAAGGGGAAUGCUGUGGGGGCAGGCGGCCAUGGAGCUCGGAAAUUCCUGUGGCCAGCGGGCUCGAGGUGGAGUACGUCCGGGGGGUCAGAGGCUUUUCAAGGGCGGCGAGCGAUGGGGCGGAGGGAAAGCGGGAGAGCGGAACCGGAGUGCGGGUUAGCUGACGACAUGGAUGCCGGAUGCAGGUUCGGCUCCGAGAUCGGAGCUCCGGGAGUGGGGAGGGGAGGGGAGGGAGAGCGUAUGUAGCUGCAGAGGGCAAUGGCCGAGCGAGAGUGGCCGUGUGGCGCUUGAAGAAGGGACGGCGGAGUCAGGGGCCGCAUGCAUUUCCCUCUGUGGCUCCGAGGGCCCUGAGCACUGGAGAGCUCGUGACCUGAGCUGGUCUCAAAUGCACGCGAUUCCUUUCUCACUUCGCAGAGCGCACUGUGGCCUUUGUGCGGGCGGAUUGAAAAGCUGGGCAUGGCUCAUUGUUCGAACCAAUAGCUAGCCCUUUCCUUCUCUCCCAUCCGUGCGAAAGUCGGGCCAAGCUCAACCGGUUCGUGUGUCCAUAUCUCUCAACUCUAUGUCGGUUCUUCCUUGAGCACAUUCAUCAACACGGUGCGCAUCCGGAGAGCUUUUCCGAUCCCCUCGACUCGCAAUGGCCAUGAUCUCGUGCAACAUGUCGCCGCGGUCGUCCCCGAGCGCGGUGAUUCUGGGGAUCCUGGAGAAGCUGACGCCGGAAUCGAAGAAGGAGGACGAGCAGCGAAUCGUGCAGGAGCUGGACCGGGCCACGGAGCUGCACCUGACGCGGUACCUGCUGAGAAUGGACUCGCCGAGCAAGUCCGGGUUGUCGUCGUUCCCCAACAGCACGGCGCUGCCCAACUUCGGCGCCCUGACGCGGGCGCUGCAGCAGCGGCCCUUCCUGCGCCUGGAGACGGUGAUUCUGUCGGACACGCUGAUCGAGGAGAAGGAGAUGGCUGAGCUCUCGGUGGCCAUCAAGAAGGGCAACCUGGGCCGCGUGUUCGUGCUCAAGCUCGUCAACUGCGGGCUUCGCGCCGCUGGCGCCAAGUCGCUGGCCGACGCCAUCGAGUCGGGCAAGCUCUCGUGCCUGCACACGCUGCACCUGGAGACGAACGACAUCGGCGACGUGGGCCUGUACGCGGUGGCGGGCGCGCUGGGGCUCGGGCACGUCCCGGCGCUAAAGUCGCUGCACCUGGGGCCGAAGACGGACGGCUUCAAGCUGGAGGGCGCAGACGCGCUGGGCAUCGCCUUCCAGAGCGGCAAGCUGGCGCUGCUGGAGGAUCUGAUGCUGCAGCGCCUGGUCGAGGAGAAGGGCGUGAUCAGCAUCAUGCGCGCGCUCGAGACCGGCAUGGUGCGCGGCUGCCUCAAGUCGCUGUGCCUGUGGGGGUGCACGCUGGGCGUGGAAGGCGCUCGCGCCAUCGCCAGCGCGCUGCUCUCGCCGCACUUCUCCUCGCUGCUGUCGCUGGACCUGUCGUUCAACAAGAUGGGUGACGAGGGCCUGAACGCGCUCUCGGGCGCGCUGCGGUCCAACAAUCUGAACAACCUGCAGGUGCUGAUGCUCAACAGCGUGGGCAUGGGCGAGAAGGGCCUGGUGGAGAUGGCUUCGCUGCUCGAGGAGGGCCACCUGCACAGCCUGCGCAUCCUGCAGGCCGUCGGCUCCGACAACACCAACACUAGCGCCAAUGCUCUGAUCCGGGCCUACCGCAACAACACGUUCCUGGUGGCCGAGAUCCAGGUGAAGUGGCCGACCAAAUCCAUGGAGAGCAACGCCGAGCGCUUCAUGAAGCGCAAUGAUAAAUUAGUCGACUUGCUGAAGGACUGACCGUCCGGAUCGAUCUUCCGCUUAUGGCCGCGCGGACGCCGUCCGCUGCGACCAACUACUAUAGGGUCUUGCAGACAUACCGAGCCGGAUUCUGUGCUCGAAGCAGGAAUUGGGUUUCGCUCGGCGCCGCCUGUCGCUCGAGGUGGCGUAAGAAACCAUAGUGUCGUAAGAAAGAAGCGCAGGACGUGAUGAUGAGGGAUGAGGGAUGAGGAAUGAGGGAUGAGGCGGGAGUAUGGAGUCCAGCCAGUACGGUCACGAUCCCGACGCACCGACCCGGAUUGCAGGAUCAGCACGCGCAUAAGCUAGAGGCUGUUACUUAGAAUUCGUACGCGCAUUCGGGGACCAGCGAGGCGGGGAUUGGCGAUGGCUGCUGACGAUUGUAUAUUAGUUACAGAGAUCCUAAAGCUUAUACAGGAGGAAAGGUAGGCCAGCUUUUGGUCCGUGUACUAGGUCGGCAUCAACGCCACAUUUGAUACACUAGCACGGAGAAAUUGUACUUUAUGUUGCAUGUGCUCUUCGAAAUUACACCUUUUUAUGGAAGAGUGCGAACCACUUUGAUGAUCAUCUUGCAUAUGCAUCGCGUAUCGGUACAGAACCGUAUGCACGAAACCAUUCCGGUUGCCUGGUUCGCCUCGGCCGCGAGCGAGGAGCGCCAGGGCUCUAGGAGCUCGGAUGGGGUACAGUUUUUGGGCUUCUCAGGAUCCAGUACCAAGGUCUUGCUUGACCCUUCUCAAGGCAGAACGAUUAGGAUAUUCUCGAUGUUCUAGACUCUUGAGCUGUAACUAAAUCCUUGUUCUUCCAAGGCGAUUCUGAUAAUACACUUCUCU